AUGCAGGUGGUGAUCCCAGAGGCUUCCGCCAGAGGGCGUGGGGCCGCCGCGAGCCGCUUCCGGGCGUUGAGGCGGCCGGAAAAACGGAGCGGGGCGGGGCGGGACCCGGAAGCCGACGGCCGAUUCCACCCCUCGCUCCGGAGGAGAAGGAGGCUUGGGCCCGCGGACCUGCAGCCACCCUUCGCGCCGUCCUCACUCUUCCGGCCGACAUCAUGCUCCAGUUCCUGGUGCUUCGAUGGCCGUGGGCCGUGCCCUCAGCUCACCGUGGGGUCCCCGUGUGGAGGCUGGGUGAUCGAGGGGCUCCUUAAGUGGCUUUUUGGGGUCACCCUCGCCUACACCCACCUUCUGCCGGUUGGAGCUUUGGGGAAAGUAGGGCCAGGACUCGGGUUCACUCUUGGCAACGUGGUUGGAAUGUACCUGGCUCAGAACUAUGACAUGCCAAACUUGGCUAAAAAGCUUGAAGAAAUUAAGAAGGAUUUGGAUGCUAAGAAGAAACCGCCCAGCUCCUGAGCCUGCCGCCAGCACUGCCUCUGGACGCGCUGACGCUGUGUGCACCAUCUGCCCAAAGCGUUUGUCUUCCUCUCUGCCCUCC